CGUAUUUGGGUUCCCACAUCUUCUCUCCCGCCAAACAUGUCACGUCGGGCUACUCCUUUCGUCCUUCUAGGUUUGCUCUUUUCAGCCCUUCCUGCUACCAGCCAUUCUUUCGAAAAUACCGCCAUCGUGCGCACGGUCGACCUUGGGGGCUCCCUUGUACAUGUUACCACAACCUUUGCUGCAAAAUCUCUUGAGCAAGAUGCUUCGGUCUACACCAUUGCAUUGGGUGAAGAAGAAGUAGACAGAACUAGUUGGUUGGACGUCAAAGUGAAAGGCCAACCAGAUGAUUUGAAGAUGUCAAUAGAAUACGACCCUCAAAGCCAAAUGAACCUUCUCGACGUGACGCUUCCAAAGGCGCUGAGCCUCAAUUCGACUAUUACCAUCGUACUGGAGACGAUUCAGACGCAUGCUACAUGGGCAUGGCCAGAGGCUGCUGCACAGGGAGAUGGCCAGGCGCUCAAGUACAAGACCGACCUCCUGGUACCGAGCCCUUACAAGACCCACGUCCAACGGACAAAACUCAAGUCGCAGUCUCCAAAUAUCAUUUCAUAUACCACCCCCAAACACCUCGAUGCAUUCAUCCAGGAAGGAGGCCCUGUCACCAAGUCCGGCGCGACUGUCACAUAUGGACCUUAUCAUGGCAUACCGCCUUCAACAGCUGAGGACUUCUUGACUUCUAUUCAGCAGUCAGUUGUCGUGCAUUACUCCUACGACUACCCAGUGCUAGAGGUCCUGAAACUGCGUCGCGCAGCAGAAAUCAGCCACUGGGGUGCAAAUCUGAAUAUCCAGGAUGAGAUAUCUCUUCAUAACGCCGGUCCUACCUUGAAAGGCCACUUUUCGCGUCUCGAACAUCAGACCCAAUCUUAUUUCAAGCGACCGGCCGCUCACGUUCUUCCAUCGCUUACCUUACAUCUACCAGCCGGGAUCAGAAACAUGUACUAUUAUGAUCUGAUCGGGAAUGUUUCUACCUCUCAUCUUCGCGUCCCCCCCAGCGCGAAGAAAGCGACAAGGGCCCAAUAUAGCGUAUUUGAGAUGAAGCCGCGAUAUCCUCUAAUGGGCGGUUGGAACUACAGUUUCACCCUCGGCUGGGAUUCACCUUUGGAAAACAGCGCUAGCUGGGAUUCCGCAGGCGGAAAGUACACUGUAGAGAUUCCGAUUAUGACGCCAAUUGUAGGUGCUGUUGUCAACGAUGCGGAGGUCAAAGUCAUCCUCCCGGAAGGUGCAACCGAUGUGAAAUUCGCUGUUCCCUUCCCUACUGUCUCGAAUACUCUAUCGACUCAUAUCACUUACUUGGACACGACUGGGCGACCCGCGUUGACCUUUAAGUACAAAAACCUUACCGAUAAGCACGCCCUAUCGAUAUAUGUGUCUUAUCGAGUGCCACUCUCUGCUCAUCUUAAAAAGCCCAUAGCAGUUGCUGCUGGAUUCUUCAGCCUGUUCACUUUUGCUCUCUUCGCGCGUAGAAUCGAUCUUACUAUAAGCAAGAAGGGGAAGAAUGUAUCAUAGCAUGAUUGUUAUAUUGACAGUAGUCGAAUGGCUAUCAUGAUUAUAGCUGAUUGUCGGCCCGACUGAAGCUAUGUCACCCACCGACUGUAGAAUUGUAACAUUGCCUUGGACUGAUGUCUUGUUAAUGAAGAGAAAGUUGGGC